ACAGAAAAUCAAGAGCGCCUAAUGAUGAGAAAUUGAUGAUGAAAACAACGUGGUUUUUGUGAAAUAACAGAAUAUAAACGUUUGAAACAGACUUAGUUACCAUAUAUUUGUUUCAGCUGUACGGAAAACACUUGAAUUAGCAGUAGCAGAAAUAACUUUAAAACAUUUUAGUAAAUAAAAGUUUUUGUGGAUAAAAAAUAGAGCAAAAAGAUCAUAUAUAAGAAGUUAAGAUGUCGACAGAAACAAGCACCGAUGUUGAGAAGAAAGUGAUCAGACAAGUAGAGUAUUACUUUGGUGAUUGUAACUUACCAAGAGACAGAUUUCUACAAGAGCAAGUUAAGCAAGAUGAUGGAUGGGUUCCUCUGGAAAUCAUGCUGAACUUCAACAGGUUGAAGCAGAUUACGGAGGAUACUGCGGUGAUUGCCGAAUCUCUCAGAAAGUCAACAUCAGGACUGAUAGAGGUGAGUGAAGAUGGUAAGAAAAUCCGCAGAAAUCCUGACCAGCCUAUCCCAGAGAACAACGAACAAAGAAAACAAGAGUUAGCUGCUAGAUCUAUAUACGCAAAAAUGUUUCCUUUGGAUUCUACGCUGGAUACUUUACAAGCGUGGUUUGAGACAUUUGGAGAAGUUGAAAGUCUUUCAAUGAGAAAAGAUGUCAAGAAAAAGUUCAAGGGCUCAGUUUUUGUGACUUUCAAAGCAGAGGACAGCGUGAAGAAAUUUCUUGAGGCAGAAUCUGUCAAAUUUAAUGAUGUGGAGUUGGAGAAGAGAUUGUCAAAAAAUGCAUACUACCAACAAAAACAAGAGGAAAGAAAGCAGUUUCAAGAAGAAAAACAGAAGAAGAAGGACAAGGCUACAAACAGACAGAAGGAUGAUGGGUGGCAGAAAAUUGAAAAUGAAAUGCCAAAAGGAGCUUUGCUGUUAAUGACGGGAAUGAACCAAGAAGAAACGCGUAGAGAAGAUAUCAAAAACGUACUGCAGGACUACGGACCAAUCGCCUGGAUAGACUUCAAUAGAGGGGAUCCUGAGUGUGUUGUACGAUAUGACAAAGAGAACAUGGCAAAAGAAGUUUUGGAAAAAGUAAUGGAGGCAAAUAAUAAUGAAAUUAUUAUACACGAAAACAAACUUGAGGCUAGAGUACUUGAAGGUGAAGAAGAAGUUGCCAGAUGGAGAAAAAUGCAUGAAGACAGUAUAAAUAGGAAGUUAGAGAAACAAAAUAGAUACAGUAAAAAUAGACAGAAGGGAAGAUGGGGCAAACGCCCUUCAAAGGCAACCAGAGAUGCAUUAAAGAAGGCAAAAGCUGAAGAGAGAGGGGAAACUGCAGAGAAAAAUGAUAAUGACGAGCCACCAGCCAAAAAAGUGAGAGUUGAAGUGACAGUUGAAGGAGAUUCAAACGGCGAUUGAAGUUUAAAAAAAAAGAUAUCUUUAGUCAAGGAAGGGUUGUUAGAACAGCAUUCAGAAUGAACAACCCGGUCAAGAAAAAAACAUUUUUAGAAAGGGACACUGGAAGUGCAAUGCUUUAAUUAGCAGUAGAGAGGGGAAAACAAAAGCACACAGAUUGUUGUUUUUGUCUGCUGUUGGAUAAAACUUUAAAACUUUGUUUGAAUUUUUUCUUUUUAUAAAAUUUCCUUGUAAACAUAUAGUAUUCUUAAAAGAUGGAUUUUAAUAGCUGUCAAAGAAGUUUACAGUUUUAGACCUUUUAUUUGGAAAAAAAAAAUGUGUAUAUAUAGAUGUAAUCAUAUGGAUCAGUUUUAUAAUUUGCAGUUUAGGCCAUACUAAAAUUCAAUGUUUUGUGUCUUAUCACAUUAAAACUCACUUGGAUAGUACAGAUAUGUCGUGCUGGACAAAGUACUCCUGAUUGUGAUUACUUGUGACCUGUAUUUCCAGACAUAGAGACCUAGGAUAUGUUUUUCAGUCUUCAAGCAUUUUCUAAAUUUAAUAACAUAUAUCGUGUGCAUUUGGGGAAAAUCAAAAUUUCUGAGCUUCAAAUGUACAAAUGGAAUAUUUUGUGUCUUCAUCUUGGCAUGAAAAAUAUUUUAGCUUAUUUUUUGUAAGUGUACAUAGCCAUUAGAGUUUUCAUUGAGGAUAAAGGAUGCAUGGAGCAUUUAGUGUGACAAAUAUCGUCUUUCAAUGUCAUUUUAUUUUGAUUCAUUAGUUUUUAGUCAAGUUCAUCAUUAUAGCAGAUCACAACACAAUGAUUCAGCUUUGUUUUAUAAUGCGGCCUUUGAAAGGAUGCAGUUUUGCUAAUUAUCUGUCAGUCUUUGGUUUCUGAUCAGUUACUAGAGAGUGCUAGGUCUAACAAUAGUCAAACUUCAUAGGAUGAUUGGUUUUGGUCAAUAUGAUAAUGUCCCCAAUUGUAUUGGGGGUAAGUAGGUCAAAGGUCUAGGUCCUAGUGACUGCAAGACAGAAAAUGGUUUUCGCACAAUAUGUAAAGAACAAUUUGGCUGUCAGUUUUCAUAGGAUGGCAGCCUGAAGCCUGAGGCUAGCAUACCCACUUACUUGCCUCAUGCAGGCCAUCACAGGGGGCAUACAUGUUUUGCAGAAGACUAUUUUUUCAUCUGACUCAGACUGUGUGAAUUUUAAUAUAUAGUUCUUUAAUAAACUGUCACUUUUUAUGACACUAGCAAACUUGUUUUAAACAGACUUGCCUUUCAUCUUUCCUAUUCAUAUGCCUUGAUACAUUUUUUGAAUGAAUUUGUGGGACUGGAAAAUACAGUCUUGUAUUUGUUAAUCUUGACAUUGGGAAUAUGACAAAGUCACUUUAAAAGCUGUUAAAUACUGUGUUAUCACAACCGUACGAGGAAAGCAAUUAGCUAAAUGUAAUGGGUCUUGUAAAUGUUUUAUCUGUACUUUGUUUUUCUAUUGACUUUGAUAUUUCAUUGUAAAUUAAUUUCAUUUCAUUAAACAAAAGAAACUGAUUUAUUGGAAUAAACAUCUGUCAUUGUAAA